CCAAUUUUUAUUGGCUAACACUGCGCUCUUCCCUGUGCUCUAUUUUUAUUUUUUUUUAUUUUUUUUUAAAUGUCCUUCUUCAGGAGCCAAGAGUACAAGAGUGAUUUUGUUGCCAAGCAUUUUUUGAUUGGACAGUGAGACACAGUCUGUGUUUGUCUUCUUUUAGCUUUAAAUAGAUUCAGGGGCUACCUUGUAGCAGGCACAGUUUCAUUCAGCAAAUUCGGUACAGUAGCAGCUUUGCUCAUGUAGCCUCAUGGUAAUUUUGGAAUGCAGGGUCAUACAACAACCCCAGUCAUUGGAGUAUUCCCUGGUGACUCCCAGACUGUGUGGCAGCCCAUCCACACUAAUCAUUUCAAGUGCUGUGUGGAAAACUGCUUUUGGUUAAGCCUGCAUCAUACUGUUCCACCAAUGGAAAAAAAAAGAAAGAAACAAUCGUGAUUGAGGGUGUAGUUAGCAGACAGAAAUAUACCCAGCACAACCAAAGCUUCUGUUUUUAGCUCGUAACGGCUGCAUAUUUUUAAGUGUGACUUGUAGCUUUCUUCUCUUUAAAACGAAGAAAGCGAAGAGGAACGUUACAAAUCCUGCCUGGAUUUCAAGAGAGAGAGGCUGAGUUUCACUGAAUUCCAAGCUGUUCUCCGGUGGAAAAGUGCUUUCAAGAGAAGUACCUGAAGAAAUGAAAUGGAACACGUACAGACUGUGACGAUUUCCUUUGUUUAACAGAGAGAAAUGGGGAACUCAGAAAGCCAGUACAGUCUUCAGGGAACACGGAGUCCAAAUAGCAGUUCUGCAUCUGAUGUCAAACAGAAAACCUGCUCUCUGAAAAUCCAUAGCAUUCACACAAAAGAAGAAAUGGCUUGGACUUCUCCUGGUUGGGAACGAAGUAAUACCAGUACAAGCUAUAAAUCACGGACACUGGCAAGAAACUGUCUUUCCCAGUGCAAGAGCAACCAACCAUAUUCCUCAAGGCAUGGUGAUAUUGCACUUAAGGGCCCCAAAACUAGCACUCACCCCAAGCUCAGAUCAACUGUAUCUGGAGGAUGUUGCCAGGGUAACAAUAACACAUAUUUACCUGACAAUGGGUACCAUUACGUUGGAGUUGAUGCAGUAGACUUCAUGGGUUGUAAUGGACACAUUUUAAACUGCUACGAUAUACAUGAGAGUAUGGCAUCAGCACUGAAGGCUGAAGAAAGGAAGAGUCCUAAAGUACUCAUCAAAACUUUGGGGAAACUAGAUGGCUGUCUAAGAGUUGAAUUCCACAACAGUGGCAAUAGUCUCCCCUCUGAGGAAUGUGAUGGACCCGUCCAAUUACUGAGGUACUCACCUGCAUUGGAAUCUAAGGAAAUAAGCCAACAUGACCCUCAGAGGAACUCAGGCCUGGAUUACACAGCAAGUCAUGGACUGACAGCUAAUGACUGUGGUCUUAGAUCUAGCAAAGGAAGUUCACUCAGUUCUGAUUCUUCAUGGUAUGACUGUCCAUGGGGAAACACUAGGGAUCUCAAUGACAUGGAUGGCUCUUAUGUGACCAGGAGUACCCUAGACUCAAGCAUUCAUGGUGGCUUGAUUCCCCAUGACGACAGUCAACUUUUCAACCAGCGGUCAUCUUUGACAUCCCUCCGUGAGCUCUACAAUCAUUCUGAUUUAGAAGCUGGCAUGCCUCCAGGCCGAUUGUCUGAUGAGUACCUAGGCGCACACCAUAGCCUAUGCAAUAGAGUUUCUUUUGCUUCUGACAUUGAUGUCCCAUCAAGAGUAGAGCACAGAGUACCCAUGCAGUAUUCUUCUUACACACUCCCAUGCAGAAAAUCAAGGCCAUUAGCUGAUGAUUCCUCCAAGAAAGACACACUUAAAAGUAGAAUGAGACGUAUCAGUGACUGGACAGGAAGUCUUUCAAGAAAGAAAAGAAAGCUGCAAGAGCCAAAAUGUAAGGAUGCCACUGAAUGUUUUGACAGUGGCAUUGAUGGAUUCACUGCAGAUACCAGCUCCCCUCCACAUCUUUCUGGCUCAGUGUGGUCUUCAGGUUCUGGUCCACUGUUACCACAGAGGAAUGAACAUCCCAACGUAACCAGUAGUGAUGCUUUAAGACAAAACAUUUAUGAAAAUUUCAUGAGGGAGCUGGAAUUGGAGAGGACCAAUGUUGAGGAAUCAGCUACCUCUACAGGAACAGAGGAAUCAAGCAACGACUCCCUCAGCUCUUUGGAACAGCUUGAUCUGCUCUUUGAGAAGGAACAAGGAGUAGUCCGCAAAGCAGGGUGGCUUUUUUUCAAACCUCUAAUCACACUUCAAAAGGAGAAAAAGCUGGAACUAGUGAAUCGCAGAAAAUGGAAGCAAUAUUGGGUAACUCUUAAAGGUUGCACGCUGAUGUUUUACGAGACCUAUGAAGGAAAUUCCGCCGAGCAGAGCACUUCACCUAGAUAUGCCCUGCUUGCUGAAGACAGCAUAGUUCAGUCUGUCCCUGAGCAUCCGAAGAAGGAAAAUGUUUUCUGUCUCAGCAAUUCCUUUGGAGAUGUUUACCUAUUUCAGGCCACAAGUCAGACUGACCUAGAGAACUGGGUGACCGCAGUCCACUCUGCUUGUGCCUCCCUCUUUGCUAAGAAGCACGGAAAGGAAGAUACGGUUAAGCUGUUGAAAAGUCAGACCAGAAGCCUUAUCCAGAAGAUUGACAUGGAUAGCAAAAUGAAAAAGAUGGCAGAAUUGCAACUCUCCAUAGUCAGUGACCCGAAGAACAGGAAAGCUAUAGAAAAUCAGAUCCAACAGUGGGAGCAGAAUCUGGAGAAGUUUAACAUGGACCUUUUCCGAAUGCGUUGUUAUUUGGCCAGUCUACAAGGAGGUGAACUACCAAACCCAAAGAGUCUUCUAGCAGCAGCUGGCCGUCCAUCAAAACUUGCUCUGGGUAGACUUGGAAUAUUCUCAGUUUCCUCUUUUCAUGCACUGAUUUGCUCAAGGGAUGAAUCUGCACUAAGAAAGAGGACAUUUUCUCUUUCGCAAAAAGUGCACAUUAAGAAGGGUCUGUUUUCUUCACUCAAAGGACUGGACACUCUUGCUAGGAGGGGGAAAGAAAAACGACCUUCAAUAACUCAGAUUUUCGAUACCAGUGGAAGCCAAGUUGGUGUUGGUACCCAAGCUCUUCCCAAUUUAAGCACUUCAACUGAGAAUGUUGAUGAGUUGCUGAACAUCUACGGCUCAGUCUCAGAAGGCAACCAGAAGGAAAACCCUUGGGAAGUACCAACAUGUAUCCACUUCUAUGAUGGUCAAGGAGUCACGAUAAAUCUAAGGCCGGAUCAUAGAGUGGAAGAUGUGUUGACUCUGGCUUGUAAAAUCCGACAGUUAGAGCCCAGCAAUUUUGGAUUGCAUCUACGAAAACAUGUGAAUGAAAAUGUUGAAUAUUACAUUGCCUCCCCAGUGGACUACAUACAAGAUCAGGUUUAUGAUGAACUUGUAAUUUUUCCAUUGGGUGUAUACAAUGUUCACCUUGUAAAAUCUGGAAAUGUAAAGGAUUUUGGAUUUGCCGUUGCAGCUCAGGUUAAUGAACAUAACAGACUUAGUUGUAUUUAUGUAAGUUACGUUCAGCUGGAUGGACUGGCCUACAGGGAAGGUUUACGCAUGGGCAAUGAACUUCUUUACAUUAAUGGUGAAGCUAUUACUGACCUCGACCUCAAGAAGAUGGAGUAUUUAUUCUCUCAGAAAGGUGUGCUGUUAUCCUUGAGAUCAUGCAAUGUCGAUGUGAAGUCAUCACUGUGUUCCUCGUGGUCAGAAAAUGACAUUUGCAAAGAUCAGAAGAGGCCUUUGCCACCUGCAAACCAAUCCCAGCUUUUGGAGGAAUUUCUACAUACUUUUCGAAGGAAUUCAAUGAAAGAUUUAAGCAAUGUCCCAGAUGUUGCCAAUCUGAAACGCAGCAGCACAGGUGAUGCGCUAGAUCAGGUGCAGACAAGAGAGAGAAUGGACAGAAUGGAUCAGGCUUAUAAGAGUGCCGAGCAGAUCUCUGCGUUUUGUCAAAGUAUGCAGGAAGCCAAUCAUGACAUGAUGGAUGGGCAACGUGACAGCCCAGAUCCUCCUCGGAGACCGCUGGCUAGACAUUUGUCGGAUGCAGACAAGCUCCGUAAAGUAAUACAAGAGCUUAUCGACACUGAAAAGUCUUACGUUAAGGAUCUAAGUUGCCUUUUUGAAUUGUACUUGGAACCCCUGCAGAAUGAAAUAUUUCUUACUCAGGAUGAGAUGGAUUCUUUAUUUGGAAGCCUGCCAGAGAUGCUUGAUUUCCAGAAGGUGUUUUUGCAAACCCUGGAAGAUGGCAUAUCUUCCUCCUCUGAUUUUAACAUACUUGAAACACCAUCUCAGUUUCGGAAAUUGCUCUUUUCCCUUGGAGGUUCAUUCCUUUACUAUGCUGACCAUUUCAAGUUAUACAGUGGAUUUUGUGCAAACCAUAUCAAGGUGCAGAAAGUACUGGAGAGAGCUAAAACGGAUAAGGCCUUUAAGGACUUUUUGGAUGCAAGGAAUCCAACAAAGCAGCAUUCAUCCACCUUGGAGUCGUACCUGAUAAAGCCAGUGCAGAGGGUUCUGAAAUACCCACUGUUGUUGAAAGAGCUGGUUUCCUUGACUGACAAUGAAAGUGAAGAACAUUACCAUCUGACAGAAGCACUAAAAGCCAUGGAAAAAGUUGCCAGUCAUAUCAAUGAGAUGCAGAAGAUCUAUGAGGAUUACGGGACAGUGUUUGACCAACUGGUCGCAGAGCAAACUGGAACAGAGAAAGAGGUUACAGAGCUUUCUAUGGGAGAACUAUUGGUGUACUCUACAGUUACCUGGCUAAAUUGCUUCCCAUCGAUGGGGAAAACAAGAAAGGAUCUUGAACUAACAAUAUUUGUUUUCAGAAGGGCCGUCAUAUUGGUACACAAGGAACACUUCAAACUGAAAAAGAAAGCUACAAAUACACGUGCCUCUCAGUAUCACGGAGAUAUGGAUCAGUUCAAAUUCCGCUGGCUGAUUCCUCUGUCUGCUCUUCAGGUCAGACUUGGCAAUGCAGCAGGAACAGAAAAUAACUGCAUGUGGGAACUUAUUCACACAAAAUCUGAGAUAGAAGGAAGACCAGAAACUAUUUUUCAGCUUUGCAGCAGUGAUUGUGAAAGUAAAACAAGCACCGUGAAGGUUAUACGAUCAAUUCUAAGAGAAAACCUUAGGCGAAAUAUAAAGUGUGACCUGCCUUGGGAGAAGACAUACAAAGAUCGUCUGGUCCCUCUGAGAAACAGAAUUCCAAUUUCAGCCAAACUAGCAACUACAAGGUCAUUGAAAGUGAUGAAACAGAACAGUGACUGGAACACAAGCUUUAGCAAAGGGAACGGACCGGAUUCAGAUGAUGGUAGCUUGAGCAGCAGCACUCAGAGUAGCGGGUGCCAUACAAGCGACAGCUUGCAGGAAACCAAAAAACGUUCUCCAGUGAACCAUCUGCAGAUCCGCUCCUCAGACACCCCGGUAAAAGAAUCAGAUAUUCUUAGUGAUGAUGACGAAGACUACCGGCUGCUGAGCAUGAAGAACAGUCCCACUAAAGACAUAGAAGUACAUUUCCAGACACUUAAUAUCUCAGAGCAUUCCAACAUGGAGAUGGAUCGUGUAGAGUCGGCCACAACUGAACCUAACUUUAAAGUGAAAGAGCACCCGAAACUUGUAAGGGGACACUUCUGUCCAAUAAAGAGGAAGGUUAACAGUACAAGACAGGAGAAAGGGAUUAUGCAUGCCAUGAAAAAUCACGAGUCGCUGGACAGCCAAUCUGACAAUGCAAAUGCCGAUUUGAAUGCCAUUUUGGAGCGGGAGUUUAGCAUUCAGAGUUUAACCUCAGUAGUAAACGAAGACUGCUUUUACGAAACUGUUAAGAACCGUGGGAAAUUAUAGCUAUGUCUGUGCAGCUUUUGGAAAGUGGCUUUUAGUGUUUUAUUUCACUUUGGGACAUGGACAUGUUUAUUCUCAGCAUAAUUUAGGCACCGAGAUAGUUAUAUCUAACUCGAGUCCAUGUUACUUCUUAUUAAAGCUACUUGUGAGGUAGAAUUUGCUUAAAAAAAAAAAAAAAACUUACUGUAUUUGUUUUGUGCACUAUUUCAUUAUGCCAUAACUUGAGUAGUUUAAGUUAUUUUUAUUUAUUUUGAAUUGGGAACAAACAAAUCUUUUGCAUUAAACUUUUGAGCAGCUAUCAAAAUUGUCAUAACUGCAGUUUGCAUUAAAGUUACUAGAAAGAAAUGAAGCAGUUACUAAAUAAGUUACUUAAAAACCCAAGAUUAAAAUGUUGCAUACGUUAUGCAAAAGCGAGUAAGAGCUGCAAACAAGUCAGAUUUUAGUGGUCAGCCAGACAGCGUGUAAAUUAUGUGACGUGAUCUAACCACAAAUCUUUCUUGUUCGUGGAUCUGCAGGACCAAUUUACACCGUAUGUGUUUUUAGGGCAUUCCCUUCUCAGUAGGUUUUUACUUUAGUUUUUCAAAAGCAAACUUAAGUUAUUUGCAAGUGCUUUGCGCCUAGUGCAGAAGUUUCCAUUUUGUACAUCAUAGAAUGCUGUUUAUACGAAACUUUAUAUAUAUAUGUACAAAAACCUGUACUGUAUUGUUUUCUUGUCUGACUGUAUUUUUAUUUACUUCAAUCUGUACAGUAAAAAGUUGUUGUCAUUAA